AUGUACAAGUCACAAGAUCCACUCGGUUACAAAACUGUUCAUAUCUCAUUCUGUCAACCUGUCUGUCUGUUCAUAUCUAUCUAUCUAUCUAUCUAUCUAUCUAUCUAUCUAUCUAUCUAUCUAUCUUAUUCUAUACAUCUCUCUCUCUCUCUUCUAUUUCAUGCUGUUCGUAUCUAUCUAUCUAUCUAUCUAUCUAUCUAUCUAUCUAUCUAUCUAUCCCAGUCUCUUCAAGUCUAUGUAUUUCUCUCUCUCUCUCUCUAUCCCAGUCUCUUCAAGUCUAUGUAUCUCUCUCUCUCUCUCUCUCUAUCUAUCUAUCUAUCUAUCUCAAUCUGUUUACGUCCAUGCAUCUGUCUGUCAUAUCUAUCUAUCUAUCUAUCUAUCUAUCUAUCUAUCUAUCUAUCUAUCUAUCUAUCUCAGCCUGUUCCCGUCUAUGUGUAUGCCUGUCUGUCUGUUUGUCUAUCUAUCUAUCUAUCUAUCUAUCUUUUUUUACUCCGAUCAGAUCUUUCUUUCUUUCUUUCUUUCUUUCUUUCUUUCUUUCUUUCUUUUACACUGAACAAAUCUAUCUAUCUAUCUAUCUAUCUAUCUAUCUAUCUAUCUAUCUAUCUAUCUACCACUGAAAUCCCGUAA